GCAAUCUCAGGUGGAAAAAUAAGCCGUUGACCAACAUCUGCCAGCAUUUUCCAGUCUCUAGCAGCUUCCAGUUAUUGUUUAUUACAUAUGAUGUUACAACUGCAUGAAACUUUAUGUCUAAAAAAAUAAAUCACCACAAUGCACAAACAGCAUCCCCAAAUCGCUGUCAGCCAUGCUAGAACAGAAAUGGAACAAAAAUGAUUUGGUGAAAAGGCCCAAACUGUUCCUGUUCCACAAGCUGAACGUGUCAGAAUUUGUCUGUCACAAAUGCUUUUGGGAUAUUCAUUCGUUAAGUGUGUUAAUAGAAUGAUGUUUUCGCUUAUGAGUUGUAACUAAUGCAUUUGUACUAUGGGCUAGGUUUUGAGAAACACGUUUUUUUAAAAAAAAAUAAGAAAAAUGUUUUCAUACUAACUUUUGUACUUCAUAACAUUAAUUUCAAAAUCCAGUUGAUGCCUAUGAGUAAUACGUUUUGUGACUAAUUUGAAGCUAUUAAUAUGUUUCGAUAUUAAUCAAGUUAUUGUUGCUAUAUUCCAAGAAACCUAACUGAGAACCAUCACAAAUAUUAGAUUAUUAGAUACAAUCAAUACAAUGUUCAAAAUAAUAUUAGUGAUAGGGAAGGAGGGCUGUAUGGAAAAUGCUUCACCCCCCACCAGAAACCAGUUUACAGGAAUAUAAUAAGAAAAGACUUAUAGAAUAAGCGGUAAUGCUUUAUAUUGCGUGGCAUAAAUUCAUAUUAAAUAGAUAUGCAAUUGCAUAUUAAAUUAAUGUUAAAUUCAUAUUGAAUAAAUAUGCAAUAGCUGGUUUCUUGCUAAAUGUUAACCAAAUGUCGAUUGAAAAUGUAAUUGCAUAUCACGUCCAUUUAUAUUACGUUUUGUUACCCUUGAAAAUAUGUAAUAAUUUCCCAUUGUUUACAUAUCCUUAUUGAAAAUACAGUUAAUCUGACAAAUGUUAAUGGAAAGUAACAAGGAAUAAUUGAACGUACAUUUCAUAUCAAUUGCAUAUCUAUUAAAUAUUAAUUUAACAUUAAUUUAAUAUGCAAUUGCAUAUCUAUGUAAUAUAAAUUUACGCCACGCAAUAUAAAGCAUUACCGAAUAAGGGAUACCAUUUAUAUGAACUGAAAAAAAAUACUGUAAUACUGUAAUUUCUUUUUUGAUUUGUAUUUAAUGAAGAAUAAGCAUCAGUCCAUAUCAGUCUUUAGAGGCUCGCAGUUCAAUUGCUAUGUCUUAUGUGCAAGUCAUCUACUUAAGACAAACAUUAUAAAGUGCCUGCAACUGGAGACAAAAGCUGUUACACCUCAGUGGAGUCAAACAUGGGUGCAUAUUUUGUAGCUGAAAUAAUACAUUUUGCGCACAAAGGGCUAUAUUUUUAAGGAACUACACAGCUCCCUCUUUAUGAUGCUGUGGUCAGAUGCCCUCGGUAAGAUACUUUGUAAUUUGUGCCAAAUAGCAAGAAUACACAGGCUAAUGUAUUGGCAAAUGAGUCACCUACACUGAACUUUAAAAUAAACUAUAGCUAUGGCAUAUAGAAUUAAACACAUUUUGCUUCAGAAAGUCGAAAAGAACCUGCUAAAUAAUGUAACAUUAACAUACUGAAUAACAUGCCGCUUUGUAGUUUUCCAUAGACUUCAUGAAAAACUGACAAAAAUUAAAAAAUGUGACAUUUCGAAAUCUAACAUGAAAUGCUUUACUACUAUUAUGGCUUCCAGCAGAAUUUUGCGAUAUCACUUUGUGGUUUCUUUGAUUACAUGAUGUUAAAUAAAAGAUCUAAAUUAUGUUCAUAUAUUAAUUUAUUUUAAUUAUGUCUCAAUCCUAAUAUUCCAGGUGAUGCUAAACUUUUGGCCAUAGCAGUAGAGCCACACAAUAUAAUUUAAGGUAUCUGCUUACAAGAAACACUUCUGUGUGCUUCUUCCUGUGUUGUCAGUAUCGCAGUGAUAUAUUUAACAUCAUAUUCUGUAUUCAUAUAUAUCACUGCAAUAUGAACAACACAGCAAAGGAAAGCGAACGCAGCUCUUGUAAACACUGCAGAGUGCUUUGUAACACAUGGUAUUCUGUAGCACUUGCUUGCCCUUGCUUACCCAUGCUUACCCUUGCUCAUUUCCAUUCAAACCAGCAACCAUUUAUACUCCUAACACUUGUGUUUGUUGACACUUCUGUGGUGUGAAAAUAAAUUAUAGCACUAGAAAGCUAUGAGUGUCCACAACAGAAUACAUUAGGAAUUAAUGAUACAGGAUUGCAUACUUUUUAAUGAGAAACAUAAAACAUAUGUCCCGUUUAUUAGACAAAGUCAAUGGGCCAGGUCUCAGGAAACAUGUGUACACGUACAGCUGAACCUGUGGUUGAGACUCCAAACUUUAUGGGUUUUAAAAGUGUGAUGGAAGCUGUGGGGGGUUUCUUUGGUUAUCAAUAAAAUAUGAAUUGUAGAUCUGAAAUUAAUAUAUUUUUAAAUUAUCCUUAUCAUUUAAAAAAUACUAAAAUAAACUUGAAUUCAAUGACAAACAUUUUGAAGAGAAGUCUUUUUCAGUGCCUUCAUUUUUUUGUAUAUGUUAUACAGCAAAUCAUGUCAUUAUAAGUAAAUAAAUAGUAUUUUUUUUUUAAAUUCAGAGGCAUAUUAAAAUGUACUAAAAAUUACUCAACUUAAAAGUACUCUUUUUAACUUCCAUGUUGCAGUUUGUAAAAGAGGAAGAGAACAGCCAGCAGCUGAACCAAGUUAUGGACCUAAAACUGGUUAUCAGAGGCCUAAAACUGGAUGUUACACAAAAAAAGAAUUUCCUGCAUGCUCUGAUGAUGACUGGAGUCAACAAAAUCUGCCAGUUUUUACAGGAAAAUGAAAAUAAUACAGAACAUGCUAACAAUGCGACCAGCGAAGCCUAUGCUGUUAUCAGAAAAAACGUCAUUCAAAACUAUGCAACUGGUAUUAAGUAUCUGGAGAAGGCAGAAGAGUUGUACAAAAACAUUACUGCUCUGAAGCAACACACUGCUGCCCUGGCAAAGAAGAUCAGAACCCUACACAGUAGCAUUCAGCAGCAAGUCAAUGAGAUACACAAAACAGAGGUGGACAUUGACAUAAAAAUACGGGCUUGCAAAGGGUCGUGUGCAAAGCUCUUUGUCUACAGUAUCGACAGGGAGAGCUACUCAACCCUGGACAAACAUCUGUCUCAAUUUGACAGCAUCACCAAAGAAAGGGGAAAACCAGCAGAGUUGAGAGUUGUCAAAAUGAGACCCAUAAAUGAAGCUACCUUAGUAUCCAAGGUUUACACAUCCUUGCCACGUAAAGGAAACAUGGUGUUAAAUCAUCUUGAAGAUAUAGAGCCAUACCAACUGGCCUUAGAAAAUUAAACUACAGAAGUAAAAAAAAAACAUAAAAUAUUUUCUUGCAUUCAGACCCUAAUAAUGCAUUUAUAUUGGGGUUCUUCAUGAUUGGAGUCCUGUGAAAUUCUUUUUAUAAUUGUUUUUUAUUUUUCACACAUUUUGUUUUAUUACAGAUACACAUUCAUUAUUAUUAUUUUUAUUUCUUAGCCAACGCCCUUAUCCGUCUGCUAAGAAAUAAAUCCAGGGCGACUUACAAUUGUUACAAUAUAUCACAUUAAUUUUACAUACAAUUACCCAUUUAUACAGUUGGGUUUUUACUGGAGCAAUCUAGGUAAAGUACCUUGCUCAAGGGUACAGAAGCAGUUUCCCCCACCUGGGAUUGAACCCACGACCCUCUGGGUCCAGAGCCCUAACCACUACUCCACACUGCUGCCCAUUAAUAAAACAACUCAUAUAGAUGUAGGCCCUAUAUCAAUAAUAGUAUAGUAUACAGCGUGUUUUAACUACAUACAUAUUUUUGUUAAACAUGGCCCCCCCCCCUUCUUUCAUUUUGACAUAAACAGACCUCGCACAGAAAACUAAUUUAGGUACCAUAAUUUCUCAUUAUCGGCAGUAACAGUAACAUACAGUCCUCCACUCUUUUUAAUUAACUGCCUAUUUACAGUAAAUACUGCCCAUGCCCUCUAUAAAAAUACAAUAAGGUAAAAUAAAAAAAUACAUAUUUACACUGCCUUACUAUUGUCAGGCUGUCAUAAUAAUUGCACAUGCAGCGAUCUACCCAUUAAAAAAAAAACGAUAGGAAUUAUAUUUAAAUCCCAUUGCGCUGAAGCAGGGCUCCAGUAUACAAGUUGGGGUUUCUUAGUAUUUAAACACUAAGCAAAGCAGAUAAUUUAUAUGUUGCAUUUCAUUUUAUUUCGUGCUAUUUCGUAUUCGUGACAAACAUGGGUCUCUAUUCAUGAUCAAUGACACACCCUGCCAUUUACUGUUGUGUAUUUCUCCUCUAGCUAUUGUUAUUUAUGGCUUGUAUAAUACACUGUUUUUUUGUAUUUUUUGUUGUUGUUUACUAACUGACUGUACAAAUACAAAUGCAGGUAUAAACGUCUGAUUUGUUGUUGGUGUUGUUGUUUUCAGCUUCACAGCCCUGCUACCUGUUCAGUGCUUUCAGUGUACCAUUUUGUUUCACAGAAACUGCCAAUAAAUACCCUAUCAUGGAAA